AUCUUUCUGAAAAGUUCUGUGGAGCGGGAGGUCGCCAGGCCUUCUGCGAUUGCUGAACCGCUGGGUGUCCGGGGUCCGGGGGAAGAUGUUUUUGACCAGUAUCUUGGAUUUUUCCUUCUUCUAGAUUUGGAAUUCUACACUAAAGUCAUCAUGGGCAUUUUCCAGAGAUUGAUGAAAAAUAAGGAACUCAUUCCUUUGGCGUUUUUUAUAAGCGCGGCAGCCACUGGAGCCUCAUCUUUUGCUUUGUAUGCUUUGAAAAAAACCGACGUGGUUAUUGAUCGAAAAAGAAACCCAGAACCUUGGGAAACGGUGGAUCCUACUCAACCCCAAAAGCUUUUAACCAUCAACCAGGAAUGGAAGCCUGUUGAGGAGCUGCAGAGAGUCCGGAGAGCGACCAGAUGAUUACUCGCUGCUCCUUUCUUCCAAAGAACACUCUAUGAAUCUAGUGGAAACACUUCUGCACAAACUCGAUUUUGAUGCCAGUGUGCGGAAAUGCUUCUGCUACAUUUUUAGGGUUUGCCUGCAUUCUUUGGAUCCUGCAUAAGCAAGCGAAGGUAGCACAUAGUCUAAAAUGGUUUUUCGUGUUUAUUGGUGUAAAUUUCAAUUUUACAGUUGAAAUUUUAUGUUUGUGAUGGUUGGAUAUUUUCCUUGAAAUGUAUAAACAUGUAAAAAUUAGAUUACUGCCUGUAAUAAAUAAUUAGAUGGCUAUCUGUAAAACGUAUGACCUGUGCAAGAGAUAUCAAAAAUUACUUAACUUUAAAAGUGGAGGGGGCAUCUUUUUAUGGGAACAAGCACAUUUUGAAGUAUAAAACUUCAACUUUUAAAUAUCAAGUGCAUAUUUCUGAGUUUUAUUUCCAAGUCCAUUCACUCUCACCCCAGAAACUUCUUGAGCAUGUAUUGUUUGCAGUAAAGAAAAAGGGUGCAAAGUUAGCAAGGGUUUGGAUAUGGUCCGUUUGGAGCAUGGAGACAGCUGAGAGGGCUGCCUGGGAAUGGCUGGUGACCAGGAACCUGAGGCAUGCAGAGACCAGCCCUGCAGAUCUCCGUGGGACUGCUGCUCCCCAGGAGGAUGGAGAGAGGAGCCUGGGGAGCCCUGGCCAGCACCCAGUACAGUCUGACCAAACAGAGACCAGGCGAUUGUUUAAUUCUUUCCAGAAUGUGCCCCCAACCCCAUUCCUUGCCGACUCCUAAAAAUGGGACGAAGUAGGAAGUUCCUUUUCAUUGACUGUAAAAUAAAUACAGCUAUAAUUCA